UUGCACAAACAGAGUAUUAUAAAUAUUUACCGUUAUAUACAUCUCAAUUAUCAACCACUAAUUAUCUUGUCUCUAGUGCUGUUCACGCUUGACUUGUGCCAAACAUAUCAUAUGUACAAACAAAGCAUAAUCUAAUAUAUAAUUUAUCGUUAUGGAUUAUUGAGUAUUUUAUUCAACACAUUUGUUCGAUAUGACACGAUCCAAUACAUUCGAUAUGAACUGUACAAGCCAUAUGUUACCUAAUUACAUCAAUCUCGUGACGUCUUCAUCAGAUUCGUUUGUGUAUUGAAGUGAUAACAGUGAAAUCUACAUCAUAAUCAUUUUCAGUGAAAUCUACAUGAUAAUCAGUUUCUGUCUUUACUUGCCGUACUUAUUGAAUCUAAAUAGGUGCAACCACUUUAUCUCUACACCCACUAGAUUUAACAAUGGAGUCAUUCUAUGUGUAAUGUUCUUAAUGUUCAUUCCAAACAGUUUACGUUUAUACAAGGAAUUUCCAAAUCUCGUACCCCGGGUACACAGUAUUUCACUCUAAGGGCAUCACGACAGCUGAGAGAAAAGUGUGUGUAUUGACAGGUCACGUGACUUCAUCAUACAGAUGACAAAUUUGGCGAUAAACGAGUCCGUUUAAAUAUUUGGUAAACAUUGGCAGAUAAACGAGGAUCUCAAUAUUUGUGUGUGAAUUAUUAAACAAUGUGGACUUUAAAAGAUGUAAAAUAUGAAAUUUAAAUCUACGAGAGAUUAACUUUUUAUCUCUAUUUUAUUUUCAUAUUUAAUACGAAAAUGGCUGAAUGUGAAAAACCCAAGAAUAAAACUAUGGGGAAGAUUACACGAAUUUUAGGAAGAAUUUCAAGGAUAUUCUUUUAUGUGCAACCCUUUGUGUGUCUGACCGCUACUGUACUACAGACUGUUGGAUUCUCUACAAAUGCCUGGGCCAUACACAAAAACAACUCUAACAAUAGACUAACAGCGUUUGGACUCUGGUCCACGACAAUUUGCUAUGAAUUGGACUGUAUAACAAGGAGCCAUUAUGACGAAUAUAAAGAUAAUAUCGCAAAAGGCUUUUCUCACAGAGAGGUUAUGUACUCGCUGCAGCUCGGACAUGAAGUUACAACAACACUUGCCUUGAUAUUUGCUGCACUUUGCUUUAUUCUCGCAAUCAUAUACAAUUUCUGUAAAUGUGGAAAACGACAGCUUGAAAUAGGAAUGGUAGUUACUUCGUUAAUAUCUGGUUUGCUAUUGCUGUCUGCUGUUGGGUAUUUCUAUGGCGAGCUUUCUGCUUCUAUGCGUGUUCAAGAAAAUAAACUUCAGACCACAUUCUUUUAUCCAUGGGGACUAGCGGUUUCCGCUUCCGGCGCUUUUAUUAUAUUAGUAAACGGUUUACUGGUAACCAUGUUCACAUGUCUUAGAAAAACUAUACCCAGACGAAGACGUACUGAAAGUUACUUGAUUGUGACAACGAAAGAAAACAUUCCCAAUUCCGAGCCGCUUCAGUGUGUAGACUACGACCCUCCAGAUUAUAAUGACGUAGAAGAUUAUAAUGACGUAGAAGAUUAUAAUGACGUAGAAGAUACCUAGAAGAGGACGAGAAGUCUGAUCAAAGCAUGGUGUGAAACGAUUUAAAAUGAAAGAAGUAAAAAAACCCAUUAAACAUUAAUCGAGUGCACCGUCCGAAAACGCAAGUGCCAUAAAUGCAAAUGUUUAAAAUGUGCACCAAAUUUGAUUUUAACUGGGCGAGCUGGAAAAAACAAAACUUCCCAAUGGCUGAUACACAAUUUUGCCUUCGUUGACAUCGCUUGCCUUGUCAUCUGAGUGAACUAUUUGAAUAUCAUAUAAAAAGAUGACUUUUUUGUACUUAACUCAUAAAAACAAGAAAUCGAACAUAAUGACCAUUGGAUAUCAUAUUGAUGGUCAUCUUAUUAAAGGAUAUUUUUAUAUGAUAACAACAUACAUGAAUUUUUCUUUUGUUGGCCUCAAUCUUAAACAUACUUUGGAGUGUGUCUGUUUUAACCCAAACCAUCCUCAGCAGAUAUUAGAGGCUUUGAAUGACACAUCUUUACUGGCAUGGGUUACUAUCCAUUCCACUCCUCUCUACAGGAGGGGAGUGGACCAUGACCAUAGGCUAGCAAAGAUGUGUAUGACGUAGCCUUUGACAAAGUAGUAAUAUAUUUAAAAAGAGACUGGUUGUUGAAUAUUGACAAUUUAUCAUUUGGUCUUAUUACAAAAUAGUUAAAAGUCUCAAGUUUUUUUUACUUUUCCGACUUCCAUCUGAACCCCUCUUACAUGACUUUUUUGGUAUUUUGCUUAUUCCGUUGACCAGGUGGGUUCAAUUGAUAAGUCUUACGAAUUCUACAUUGAUCAAAGUUUUUGUUUUGUUUGUUGACAAUGACAAAAUAAUUGCAAAAAAUGUUGUUUUGGGGUUCAGUUUUUGUAAAUUGGUAUAACUUGGUUUGCUUGAUUUUUACAAAAGAUGUAUACUAAUUAUAUGAUAAUAUAAUCAUUUGUUUAACAUGCUACAAUUUGUUUAAAUACUCUUCAAGAAGAUUUAUAAUGCCAGAGAGGCCGCUUUAGCAUGCGAUUUGAUUUGAUUUAUGGGGUACAGAUUUGAUGUGGUUUAAUAUCAAAUAAUGUUAAAACUUGUAUGUCACAAAUCGUGAUUCAAAUGCAUAUACAAAUAAUAUAUAAAUCAAGAAAGAAAUGUGUUUACAAAAAAAUAUGUAAUACAUAUAUAUCUUUGAUGAUAAAUUUUGACAAUGAAAGUAUAAAUGAUCACAUUUUUAAUAGCAGAAUUUAAUGAAAUAUGGAGGGGGGACUCUUUGUUGUUAUAUAUAAGAAUCAGAAAGCAACUUAUUUUUAUUUAAAAAGGGGAUUAAAUGUAAUUCUAGAAAUAUGCUAAAUAAAAUUGUUUGUUAAAGGCCUAUACUAGAAAUUUAUUACGAAUAGGCUUACACGUGUCAAAGACAACUUAAGCAGUGAUUUUUUCCUAUAUUUGAUACAAAAUUUGGUGGGAAAAAAGUUUUAGAAAUAUUUACCGGAAAUCAACCAUAUAAGUUAGUUAAAAAAAGAAUGGUAUUUUUUGUAAUAAUUGCUUUAUUUUUUUAUGGGUUAGACAUGAUGUAAGUCAGUAUAAACUGCAGGUACAAAAUUUUAAUGAACAUGUAUGACUGGUAUUGUACAACACUUUUAAUAGGAUUUGUUUUGAUUGAUGAUUUAAAUGUUUAAUAUUUAGCGAGCAACUAGAUUGGCAUGUUAUUUAUAUUCUAUUUGUUAUAACAAGUGCUAUAAUUGCUAAAAGUGCUAUGAGUGCAGUAGGAUUUUUUUUUAUGUAUGUUAUAUAUAUAUAUAUAUGUACAAUUGUUGCCUGUGAAAUUUUUAUGGCUGGACCUAAUAACAGUAAGAAGCUUUGGAACAUGUCGACUUUUUCCCGAAAUGUUGAAGCGAACCUUUUCUAGCAUAUACAAUAUCAAUAUUAUAUCUUAAUUC